AAAACAAAUGCUGGAUAAGUUUGCGGUUUAUUCCGCUGUGGAGAUUUUUAUCAACAUUUAAAGUUUCAUUAUAGUGGUUUUACUUGUUUUGGGCGUAUUGUUUUCUACUUCUUUUGGAAAAAAUCUGUGUACCUUCAUGAGCUUUGGGUACAUUAUAAGUUUUUUAUUGUUUUUGUAAUAACCUUGGAUGAGUAGCUAGAUCACUAUUUCAGUACAAUAUAAAUAUUGUAGCUAAAUAGAGAAAUUAAAACAAAAUAUAUGAUCCAGUGCUUUCUAGUCUAUAUCUGGCCCAGUGAUUGUCCAUGGAUUAAGUUUACCAUUAAAACUUUAUUGUAUUGCUUGAUGGUUUUCCUGUGCUGUAAACAUAUACCUGUAAAUAUACUGUAUAUUAUACUAACUAUGUCUUUACUUUUCAUAGCUGUCAUCAGUUGUUUAAACAGAACGAGCAGGUGAAUUCUCCACACCUCACACGGCUUGUGUAAAAAACAGGUCAUGUGAUGGCUUAGUAGUGCUCUGUGUUAAGAGGUCAGUCAGUCUGCUUAAGAAGACAUUGCAGGAUAAGCCAGCCGUCCCACAUGCACACUCCUCCAUGCUCACUUUGGCUGUCUGUGUGAAAACAUCCUGCUCUACCUUGCACAGAAGACUGCAGGACACAACAGCUGCUAUGGGCUCCUUAGAGGAACAGCACACGUGCCCCAUGUGUCGUGAUCUAUUUGGUCGAGCUCAGCCCUUCCCCUGUGGCCACAGCUUUUGCCCAACCUGUGCACAAGAGGCCUGGAGUCAGAACGAAGGCUCUGGCAAGCGUAGAUUUGUAUGCCCACGGUGCCUGGAGGAGCAGGGAAUGGUGCUGUGUGACUGUUGUCCAGAAGAAGAAGGCGAUGAGGCUCAAGAAGCAGUGAAGACCUGCCUGAAUUGUGAGAUCUCUCUGUGUGAGCAGCAUCUGCUGCCACAUCUGCAGCGUCCUGCUUACAGCACUCACCUGUUGGUGGAGCCGCUGAUGGAGGUGUCCCGCCGCAGGUGUCCGGCCCAUAAGGAGAUGUUUCGCUAUUACUGCAUGGAUGAUGGGCAGUAUGUCUGUGCUGACUGCAUCCUGGAAGGACAACACGCUCAACAUCAGGUCAAAGGGGUGAGAAAAGUGGAAGAGGAGUAUAAAGUAAAAUUGCAGAGCCUGUUUGAGAAAGCAGAAGAAAAAAUAAAGCAGGGUGAAAUGAUGCUAAAAGAACAUCAGCGCGCUAGUCGAACAAUCAUUGAGGACUCCUCUGUGAGUGACGUCUCUCAGGUGUUACAGAUGGGCUCAGCUCUGCAGGCUCAGGUGGGCCGACUGGUGUCUGCCGUGAUAAAAAUCACAGAGCAGGAGAGGCAGAAGGCAAUGGAGAGAGUGCAGGAAGACUGCAGCAGAGUGAAAGGAGAUCUGAAUCAAACUGAGAGCAUCCACCACUUCCUCGGCUCCCUGCUGGAGGAGAGCGACCCCUUCCUGCUAAUCUGGGCAUUCCAGACAGAGGAUUCACAGAUGAUGUCAGAUCUCAGCUCACCUCUGUUCACACCAGCGCAGCCCAGCAUGGAUAAGAAACGUGUCUUAGAGAAUGUGGAAAAUAAAUACAGAGAGUUCAUAGCUGACACUCUGCGCUGCCUUAUUGAGCUCAAGAGAGAUCUCUUAAGCAGCCCAUUAACCUUGGACAAAAACUCAGCUCAUCCUCUUCUUAACAUCUCUGAAGAUCUGCGGUCAGUGAGGAGGGUGCCGAACCGUUUGCCUGUCCCUGAUCAUCCUGACCGCUUCGACCACUGGUCUCAGGUGCUCUCCUGUCAGAUAUUUUCUUCAGGGACCCAUUACUGGGAGCUGGAGGUGGAGGGUUUCUGGGAUAUAGCAGUGACCUACCACUGUAUUGGGAGAAAAGCAAAAGAGGGCACGGCCUUUGGCUGCAACAAGAUAUCCUGGAGCCUGACACAACAGCAUGACAGGAAACUAUCAGCCUGGCAUAACCGGAAGAAAACACACCUCUCUGCAAAAAUGUCUGGCAACCAUUUAGCAGUGGCUCUGGACUAUGAUUCUGGCUCCAUCACCUUUUCAGAAGUCGGACCAUCUUCCACCCUGCUGCCCCUUCAUAAUUUUAGUUGCAGCUUCACCCAGCCCAUCUGCCUCGGCUUCGGCCUUUACAAACCAGAACUAAACAGCAAAGUCACCAUCCUCAAGAAAAUAUGACCAAAUAUGACGAGGACUGUCACGAAGGGUUUUUAUGUUUUGUUAUGUGGCAUAUGAUGGCUAAAAGUUAUUUCAUUUGUCAAUAAUCAACAAAUCUUUCAAUUUUACACUUUUUAUAACCAUAAUGUCAAACCUUUAUCACAAGGUUUUUUAAUCAUCACAUUUUUAAAAUAAUUGUAAGCUGAAUCAAGAUCAAAUGCAUCUUUCUCCAUAGACAGCCAUACAACAUUUACACAACAAUAUUUCCAUUAGUGUAGUAGUAGAUAUUUUGUCAGUGUGCAUGUGUGAAAGUCCUUCCCAUCACAGCUGGUAAAGGGUUUGGGGUAGUGUCCAUUCUAGUGGUGACGUCAGCCAAUCAGCGCUGUUAAAAUUAGUCAUUUAGUAGUCAUAUGAUUAGCUCAAACAGUUCUGUCCUACCAUGAGCAAAGAUGGCCAAAUCACUUCCCUGCUGAUAAACUGGCACUGAGAUGAAUGGAGCUGCGCAUCUCAUUUUCUUAUAGACUGUUUUUUGUCUGCCUUUGUUUAUAAUUAAUAAAAAAUUAUUAAUCUUAAUGACGGCUUUAUAUGAAAUGCAUGAACAGUUCAUUCCUGCUUUAAUUGAUUUUAUUUGUUGUGAUCGAUUGAUAUGUGUGAAAUCUGGAAAAUUUUAACAUAUUUUAAUUAAAAACCAACUAAAUUCUC